AGAAAGAAAUUGAAUUUUUCUGAUGUCUCAACGCAAGAGGAAAGUUUUAAAAGCUUUUGUUUAAGUUAUGACAACUUAAAUAAAAGCAUACAUCCCAGACACUACGGAAACACCAAUACCUUACACAGUUUGAACGUGGUGGUAUUCAUUGCAAUUCGGGAUAGGAUUGCCACCCCCUGGAGGAUGGUGUUAAGUCCUAGGCCAAUUCUUGACCUUAUCGACAUUCCAAUGUCAGCCUUUGUGUUACAAGAAUCAGAAGUAACUACCAUGAAGCAGUUGCACCUACGGGAAAUCAUUCUCAUCUUACAAGAAAACCAAGCAAUAGUCGGGACCGAAAUUAUGAAAACCCUCUUAUCGAACCAAAGAGUGUGGGAGACCAAAGGCAGCCUUAACGAUUUAAAAUUGAAGUUAGCCAGAAAACAGUUGCAUACCAAGGGGUUGGCCUACAUGAUAAAUGAAUGAUACUUUCAGAUACAAGCAUAAACUGGUCUCGCAGGAUGUUAUUCAUCAAUUCAAUCCUUGUAUGCGAUUCUUGCGAUUUGCACUUCGGAGCUAUGUUGUAGCAUAUGCAAGGCUGAGACUGACAACUAUUAAUAUUUCUGGGUUAUCAAAAGCUCAGCUCAAUCAACUCAUGAGCAAAAUAGGCAUGGAUCUGAUGGAAAUGGAAUUUGCGGACAUUCUUAGGCCAUGUAAACAGAAACAAUAUUGUUUCUGCCUCAAACCAUAUGACGCCAAAGAUAAAACAACGGAAUGGAUUUGUUGCGAUAACUAUGACUGUAGUGAAAACCAGUGGUAUCACCAAGCCUGUAUAAAGAAGUAUACAGCCAAACGAGGAAAUAUGAAAUGGAAAAAAAUUACCAAAGAUAGUUUCACUGGUAAAUGGUACUGCACAGAGAAAUGCAUGAAAGACGACGCAGAUCAAGUAUUCAAAUACACGAAAACUCUUCUUUAUUCCAUUCUAAACUUAGAGGUAGAAUAAGCCACCUGCGAUGAUAAGGUUGUAUAUUAAU